UUUUAUGGCGAAAACUAAUACUGCACCGAGUUUCCCCGGAAAAAAAACAAUAUAAAAACAAAUAAGUCUUGAAUCGGAGGUAAUCCCCGCCCUGCUCGGGCCGCUCCGCGCACACACACCGAGCCGACCCCCGCGCUCCUCCGGCGUGAGUGACGCGGCGAGCACAACCAGCGGGUCCGCUCGUUUUCCGCGCAGCUCGCAUCUGCGGAGCAACAUGCAGGAUGGCGAGCCUCGAGACAGCCGCCGAGCACGAACGCAUCCUGCGGGAAAUUGAGAGCACGGACACCAACUGCAUCGGCCCGACCCUCCGGUCGGUGUAUGAUGGUCAGGAACAUGGCCUGUUCAUGGAGAAGCUGGACGUGCGCAUCAGGAACCAUGACCGCGAGAUCGAGAAGAUGUGCAACCAUCACUUCCAGGGGUUUGUCGACUCCAUCACAGAGCUGCUCAAGGUUCGAGGGGAGGCCCAGAAGCUGAAGAGUCAGGUGACUGAGACCAACAGGCAUCUUCAGGAAGAUGGCAAAGAGCUGACCGGCUUCAUGGAGGAGCUGAAACAGUGUCGGGUGCAGCAGAGGAACAUCGCCACCACCAUCGACAAGCUGGCGCACUGCCUGCCAGUCCUGGAGAUGUACAGCAGACUCCAGGAGCAGAUGAGGGCCAAAAGGUACUACCCUGCGCUGCGGACGCUGGAGCAGCUGGAGCAGACGUGUCUCCCCCGGGCGGGCCAGUACCGGUUCUGCUCCAUCAUGGCCCAGAACAUCCCCAAGCUGAGGAUCCAGAUCCGGGACACGGCCAUGUCGCAGCUGAGGGACUUCCUGGAGAGCAUCCGGAAGCACUCGGACAAGAUCGGCGAGGCCGCCAUGAAACAGGCCCAGCUCCAGCGCUCGUUGGACAGCGCCGUCUCCCUGCAGCCCCGGGCCCUGAUCGGUCGGCGCAGCAGAAAGGAGGCCAUGAUGAUGAUGAUGAUGGUGGCAGCCGGGACGGACAGAGACGGACAGGACGGCAGCCCCGUGUCGGAACAGGACUCCGGCAUCCUGGAUGUGGAGGACGAAGAGGAGGAUGAUGAAACCCCGGGAGCCCAGGACUUGGUGGACUUCUCCCCCGUGUAUCGCUGCCUGCACAUCUACACGGUGCUGGGUUUGCGUGACGUGUUUGAGAACUACUACAGAAAGCAGAGGAGGAAACAGGCUCGCCUCGUACUGCAGCCUCACUCUAACAUGCAUGAAACCCUGGAGGGAUACCGGCGGUACUUCAAUCAGAUAGUUGGCUUCUUCGUGGUGGAGGACCACGUCCUCCACACCACGCAGGGUCUGGUCAACAGGGCCUACGUGGAGGAGCUGUGGGAGCUGGCGCUGUCCAAGAUCGUUGCCGCUCUGCGGACGCACACCUCCUACUGCGACGACCCGGACCUGGUGCUGGAUCUGAAGACCCUCAUCGUCCUGUUUGCCGAUACGCUGCAGGGCUACGGCUUCCCCGUGUCUCAGCUCUUCGACAUGCUGCUGGAGAUGAGGGACCAGUACGGAGAGAUCCUGCUCAAGAAGUGGAACCUCACCUUCAGGCAGGCGCUGGACCAGGACAACUACAGCCCCAUCCCCGUGUCCACGGAGGACGAGUACCGGCACUACACCUCCCAGUUCCCCGUCCAGGACCCUGAGCUGGAGAAGCUCCCCUUCCCCAAGAAGCUCCCCUUCUCCGAGUUCGUCCCCAAAGUCUACUGUCAGCUGAAGGAGUUCAUCUACGCCUGCCUGAAGUACUCGGAGGACCUGCACCUCAGCUCCACGGAGAUAGAUGAUAUGAUUCGCAAGUCGACAAAUCUGCUGCUGACCAGGACGCUCAGCCACAGUCUGCAGUACGCCAUUAAGAAGAAGAAUGUCGGGCUGGCGGAGCUGGUGCAGGUGAUCAUUAACACCACCCACCUGGAGCAGAGCUGCCACUUCCUGGAGGGGUUCAUAUCAAACAUCACCAACGUUCCUCCUGACACAGCAAACGCUACCAAGCUGUACGGGACCUCCACCUUCAAGGACGCUCGCCACGCAGCCGAAGCGGAGAUCUACACCAGCCUCAACGCCAAGAUCGACCAGUUCCUGCAGCUGGCGGACUACGACUGGAUGUCCCCGGCGCAGGGGGGCGGGAACCUGAGCGCCAGCGACUACCUGGUGGACCUGAUCGCCUUCCUGAGGAGCACCUUCGCCGUGUUCACCAACCUGCCGGGAACACCCGUUCAUCACGCCACCUUGCCGGGUAAAGUGGCCCAGACGGCCUGCAUGUCGGCCUGCAAGCACAUCUCCACGUGUCUGAUGGAGCUGCUGCUCAACCCGGAGGUGCGGCAGAUCUCCAUGGGAGCGCUGCACCAGCUCAACACCGACGUGCAGGAGUGUGAGAGUUUUGCCAGAGCCGGCCCGGUCGCAGGCUUCCAGGGUGACACGUUGCUUCUGGCCUUCAGUGACUUGAGACAACUGCUGGACCUGUUCACCCAGUGGGACUGGUCCACCUACCUGGCUGACUACGGGAGACCCACCUGCAAGUACCUGAGGGUGAACCCACACACGGCGCUGGCGCUCCUGGAGAAGAUGAAGGAGACGAAGAAGAACAACGUCUUCGCCCAGUUCAGGAAGGCCGACCGGGACCGGCAGAAGCUCAUCGACACCGUCAUCAAGCAGCUGCGCCACCUCAUCACGCAGCACCACUCCUAGACCCCGCCCCCCCUCCCAGAACCCCCUCACCUGGACGGGACACGCCCCCUUUCUUCCUCCACGUGUCGGGUCUCCGGCUCCGUCUCACCAUGACGAUGCUUCCUAGGAAGGAAAGUAGAACUUAACCUUUGAGUAGUGUUUUGUGAAACUGGAUCGGAGGACGCCCCGAUUUUCCAGUCCAGGUCCUGGUGGACCCCCUUUACGCUCCAGAGGUUUCUCUGCUCCUGGACGUCACGAGUCGGAGCAGAGAUCGACUGAAACGGCCGGCGGCAGAUGCCAGCGGAUCCCGAGCAAAACACCAAACCAGACCGUCUUCCACGUCCCUCACCCUGGAUCCGCGCCGUCGCAGCUCCUCGCCGCCGUUCUUCACCAUUCAGCGCGAUCCGAUCUCGUCCUCUUAAGGCGUCUUUGAUGUGGGGAGGUUGGACUGCGGAGGGAAGCAGAGUGGAGCAAACAUCAGCUGGUCGUUUCACCAUGACAUCGGAGCCGGAGCCACAUCACUGGUCCUCCGACCACAUCAACCAGCCUCCCACGUUCCUGCAGCGUCUCGCCCAGGCCUCCAGUUUCUGACGGGAUUUAAGGUCCGAGUUUGCUUCUUUUUUUUUUUUGUUUUGUGCCAUAAACCCUUCCUGCAGCCGCAGCAGAACAAACUGAAUGUAGCGAGAGGUUUGGUCGUGUUGGGUGGUGAAUAAAAGCACUGAAGUAAAGAUAUCAGAGACGCAGAGCCUAAUGUUACCGACGACUUCUCUUCCUCGCUGAAGGGAGUUUCCUCUGAAGUGGGUUCUGUGUGAGACGUUUGAACGAUGCUCGGAUCUCCAGAUACUAACGUGCAGCCGCUAACGUCAACUGCAGCGAUUAAUAAGCUCCUUCCACCGCGCAUUUUAUUUCCUGCCAUGCCCUUGACACAGAGAGCGCCUGGUGGGGAUCGAAAGACUCGCUGUGAUCUCGCCCGGACCAGGGACCCGUCUCCCUGCUCCGUCUGACCAAAACGACAUCCAAACCUGGCAGAUAUUUGAACAUCGGGGAUCAGCGUCCACCUCGACCGACACCAGAACCUUGUUUACAGGGAGAUCGAACACAAAGCAAAUGCCUCAUACGACCCCACUUCACAAGAAACUAUCGACUAAUAAUUAAAAAAAAAACACCUGCAAAUACUUGAACGGUCGCUGCUGCUCAGAUCUGGCAACCGGGGGGCUGAAAGGAGCAUUUUCUACUCGUAUGUAUAAAAAAGUGGGUCUUAAAGAGGGGGGGGUGCUCUGACCGAGUUAGGGACUCGUGCAGCUCUUAGCUCGCCUGCUGGAUUAGAAACAAGAGUCUUCCAUGGGGGGGGGGGGGGGGUAGAUACUUUUACACGCAUUAAAGCACAACACUUACUUAGUUUGACUCUAAAUUAUUUCUCGUACUAACGGUGGUCUUUGCCGACUUUGUGUUGCUCAUCUUUUCUUGAACCCGGAUGCAAUAGCGGCAGCAGGAAGCAGCCGGGCUGCGUAAAGGGAUUCCGGGGCGGGGGGUGUCGUCUUCCUCGCCGCGCCACAAACCUUCAGUGUCGGUGACUUUCUGAGCAACAUGUCACUUUUUUUUUUCUAUGAGAUUGUUUGUUUGUCCUGCGCUGUCUGAAAGGGAACCGGGCCGUCGCUGGUGCACGAGCCUUUGCUGGACUUUCUCCUGCCACUGAAGCGGCGACGCUGCCGUGUUUGGACUCUGGACACAGUUCACUGAAUAUUCACACUAACGUGGUUUCUUCCAGCUCUUCCAGCUCUGACAGCUCUGAUUAAUGCUCGUGGUUCAAAUCGUUUUUGUAGCCGUUUGAUCUGCAAACUUGUCCCGCGGUGUUUUCACGUCCAGUACUUGGUGUCCAGAGUCCAGACGUUGCUGUAUUUGUUUGUAAGGCUGAUGAAUAACCACUAAUAAAUAACAGAAUACUAAUAAAAGUGAAAUGCCAACACAUGA